AUGCAGGGGCCUUCUUUUGCUGAAGUAGCCAAGGAGCAGAUCCUGCUCGGCGUCAUUGAUGAGAGCAAUGAAGACAGCCUCACCCUGAGGCAGCAAUGGAAGUGGGUCAAGGCCGCGAUGGCCGACAUUGCUAUCAACAUUAUGUUGGAGAAUCCGGGGCCUCCGCCAACCUGUAAGGGAGCGGGGUGGUUCCAAAAUAACAUCCGCGUUAUAGCAUGCGAGGAUGCUAGAUCAGCGGAGAUCUACAAGAAAACAGUCGCAGGUAUUGGAGAAGUCUACCCUGGUGCGAAGCUCAGGGCGGUCGACUUCAAGGACCUACCGGUGCGACCGAGAGCGAGAGCAUGGUUGCCUUGCAAGCCAGCGGAGCCAGAAAGGAUCCUGCAAACCAUAAGGCUCUAUAACCCGGAGCUACCAACCGAUAAUUGGAAGGUGGUAAAAAUUAAUGAAAGCGGUAAAGCGACGAUGCAGGUUGUCCUGCUUCUAAAUAAGGACUCCAUAGAGUUGUUGGAGCAAAAGAGCGGGGUUAUACGUUACGGCUGUGACAUGGCCAAAAUUAAGGUCUGCAGCAACGACGUAAACGCAGCGAAGAACCUGAUCGCGGAG